AGUCUCUGUGGCGCCGUUACCACAGCAGAUACACACGGCCUUCAUACGUACACAUAAUUAAAGUGUCAAUUAUACAGUAUAGUGUUACAAGUGUAGGAUAUAGCUGAUAUGUUUACUCUAUCGUCUCUUCGAUUUUUCCUACUGGUUCUGACAUCGGCGCAUCUCACGAGUGCUCAGUAUGUUCCUCCGGAGGCUCUGGUAGAGCCGCUCAAGCCCAAUGGCAUCCGCAUUUCCAUACCAGACGAACCGGGGAUUUCCCUGGUAGCCUUUCACGUGAAGUUCAAUGACGAAUUCAUCGGACUGGAGGCUGGCACCAUAGCCCGAGAUGUGGUGCGAGAGAAGAACGGCCGCUGGACUUACGAGGACAGAAGCACGAGGCUGAAGAAGAACGAUGUUAUUUACUACUGGAUACACGUUGUUUACAACGGACUCGGCUACAAUCUCAUCAACCAGGAACACAGAGUCACAGACUUCUACGAUUACAAGGGUCAGAGGAUAGAACCAGAUGAGAAUGGCGAUAGUGGGAACAAUGGUCUCCAGCCGUGUGUGUACUCGACGACGAAGUUGUUCGAUCCAGCAGGUAGCAGUAGUAGACAUCCAUGUGCUGGACAGCUUCUUUUCAAGGAAGACUUCAGAGAUCUCGCCCAGUUGAGGAGGAUGCAGUGGACUGUGGUUGAGCGGUUCUCUGGGUCACCCGACUACGAAUUCACCGUUUAUCGUGAUUCGCACGAGAACUUGAGAGUCGAAAACGGACUGAAGAUCAACCCUAGACUGAUGAAGAACGAGUAUGGUGACAUCUUCGUCCGCGAGGGCAACCUCACGUUGGCAAAGUGCACAGGACGUUAUACGACGACCGACUGUUUCCGCGAAGCUCGAGGCUGGUACAUCCUGCCACCUGUGUCCUCCAGUCGGAUCAACACCAAGAAAUCCAUCAACUUCGAGUACGGUCGAAUCGAAAUCAGAGCGAAGUUCCCACGCGGCGACUGGAUCUAUCCUCUGUUGCUUCUCGAACCUGUGAACAACUACGAAGGAUCAUCCAUGGAGACGCUUCAGAUUCGAAUCGCGUCAUCCGCUGGUAAUCCGGUGCUCAGACGCAGCGAUGGAACCGACAUCAGUGGACACAUCCUUUGGGGCGGUGUCACUGAACUGGAUCCGCAAAACCCCAAGGACCACAUCGACGCUAACAGAGGGACGAAGUACAACAGGCAAUUGUGGUCCGAUAACUAUCACGUGUACGAGUUGAUUUGGAGCCCGGAUAGGAUCGUUCUGAAAGUUGACGGACAAGGUUACCAAGAUAAGCGCGUUAAUUUGCCCAGGGAUACGCCGUUCUAUCUGACUCUGGGUCUUGCCGCUGGUGGAUUAUCGGAGUUUCCCGACAACUCUGAGAGCCGUGGUUACACCAAGCCUUGGCGAAAUGUCGAAGCCAAGGCAUUGUACCACUUUUACAACGCGACUGAUACCUGGUACCGAACUUGGCAAAGCGGCGCUACUUCUCUGGAUGUGGAUUAUGUUAAAAUUUGGGCACUAUAAACGUACCUAUUGUAUAAUGACUUAUUCAUAAUUGAUUAAAUUGAUUUGACCAUAUAUCAGCGUUAGCUAAAUGUGAAUCGCGUAUUACGCAUGACAUUAUUUAGUAAAAAAAAACAUUUUUUAAAAGAAGCAAUAUUGAAAUAAAAUUUGUUUAAACUGU